UCCGCACCGACAAUCAACCAGGAAGUGAAGCACUUUGUAGAGCAGAGUACAAACACACUACAGGCCGUCUGCAGCCGUGGAACCUCACAGACUAACAACUCGCCGUAAUGCACAGAUUAAAGAUCAUUUCGGGCCACUUGUCUCCCGCAGGUUCCUCUGAAGACAGGUGGGAUUUGCGGAGGACAGAGUGCGGGUCAGCAGCCCGGAGCAGCAGCCCGGAGGACGUGGUGGUGGUCCAUGGACUCAGGACCGCUAUCGGGAAAGCUAAGAGAGGAGCAUUAAAGGACACGACGCCUGACGAGCUGCUGAGUGCGGUGAUGGCGGCUGUGCUGAGAGAUGUUGGACUCUCGCCCAACAAACUGGGAGACGUUUGUGUGGGUAACGUGCUGCAGCCGGGCGCCGGUGCUCUGAUGGCCAGGGUGGCUCACUUCCUGAGCGGGUUUCCAGACAGUGUACCUGUCUACACCGUCAACAGACAGUGCUCCUCUGGACUGCAGGCUCUAUUUAACAUAGCAGGAGCCAUCAGGAGCAGAUCCAUUGACCUGGGCCUCGCGUGUGGUGUGGAGAGCAUGUCUCUGCGGUCAAUAGGUAAUCCAGGAGAUUUGAGCUCCAGGCUGAUGGACAACGACAAGGCCAGAGACUGCAUCAUCCCGAUGGGCAUCACUUCAGAGAACGUCGCCGAGAGAUUUGGGGUCUCCAGAGAAAAGCAGGACGCCUUCGCUCUCAGUUCUCAGCAAAAAGCCGCCCGGGCGCAGAGCUCGGGUCUGUUCGACCAGGAGAUCGUUCCCGUCACCACUAAGUUGGUAGACGAUGAGGGAAAAGAGCACGAGGUGACAGUCAGUAAGGAUGAUGGGAUCAGAGCGGGAACGACUCUGGAAGGACUCCGUAAACUACGGCCGGCCUUCAAACCUGACGGCAGCACGACAGCAGGUAAUUCCAGCCAGGUGAGCGACGGAGCAGCGGCCGUGCUGAUUGGUCGCAGGUCUGCAGUCGAGGCUCUGGGUCUGCCGGUCCUGGGAGUCCUGAGGGCCAGUGCGGUUGUGGGGGUCCCUCCUGAUGUUAUGGGUAUUGGACCAGCAUUCGCCAUCCCUGCAGCUCUGGAGCAGGCAGGAUUAACUGUGGCUGAUAUUGACGUGUUUGAAAUCAACGAGGCAUUUGCCAGUCAGGCGGUGUACUGUGUGGAGAAGCUGGGGAUCCCGUUGGAGAAGGUGAAUCCUAACGGAGGCGCCAUCGCUCUGGGUCAUCCUCUGGGCUGCACCGGAGCUCGACAGGUGGUGACGCUGCUGAACGAGCUCAGACGCAGAGGCAGGAGGGCGUACGGCGUCGUGUCCAUGUGCAUUGGCACAGGGAUGGGAGCUGCUGCCGUCUUUGAGUACCCCGGACCGUAGGAGCAGACGGCCAACCAACACUUUGUUACUGUGAUUAACCUUAACUAUCCGAUAUGACAGGUAAUCUGUCUGCAUGGCUCAGGUGUGAUUUCAAAAGCUGUAAUCGUAAACACAAGAUCAUGAUGUUGAUACAUCUUGGCAACCGAUUACAAACAAUCAGUAAUUGACACUUUAAUUACUUUUGCAAACUACGAGAGCUUCAUUAACUGUUCCUCGGCGCCGUCCAGUGACAUAACAAGCCUUAAACAGGCCAGGUGCUCAUUAAUGUUGGUUUUCUAGCUGUAGUCCUCUUUUCAUACUGGCCACUAAAAGAUGCCUUUUAUAAUGAGCUUUCAGUGUAAUGAUGGGGGACAAAAUGUUAUCUGAAGCUUCAGCAGGCUCGAUUGUUACUUAGCAAUAAGCUGAUAUCUACAAAGGUUGGUGUUUUUAGUUUAAAACAAUUUCCUGGAAGGAGAUAAGUAACUUAUCUCCCUCAUUUCUACCGUCAUCUUCCUGCAACAAGGAGAAUUGUCCUUGAAGAAAGGAUCAUUUUAAUGUCCAGUUUAAACAGAAGGAAUGACAAAAAGGAGAAACUGUUCAUGUGCGCACCUGACUUAAUCUUUCACUAAACUAAUGCUGUACUUCAGGUGUAAAUACUUUGUGUAGGAGAUAGAUUUCGAAUAGCCGGUGAUUAAGUGCCUUCGAUUUCAUGCUGCUGAUCAAACCACCUGGCAGGGCCUUCUUUAUCGAUCCAAUAAAAACAAGUCAGCCAGAUUUGCUGACAUUUCCUGCUCUAUUUGGUCAGCAGAUCAGUUUUAAAUAUUGCAUAGAGGAAUACUGAGCUGUUGAUGAAGCGCAGCAGACGACAUGCAGCCAUCAAGCUGAAAAAUAAUUGAUCUGUUACAUUAAACCAUUUGCACUGUGCCGUAGCUCACAGAGUAUCCAAACUCUGAUCUACUGUUUGAUCCGUCAAAUCUGGGGACCAAUCCAAAAUACACAUUUUGAUUCCAGAUAUUUCGGCCUCAUGCAUGAGGCUCAGAUGAGUCGGAUUCAACUAACUCUGACUGGAACAACUCAGUCGUCGUAUUAGAGGACAUGUUGUUGUACUGAAGAUUAGAAAAUAUCGAUAGUACAGCUGCCAACAACGUUUUCUGAGUACUGUGAGAAAAAGGGGACGGCAGGGAUGUCCCGAUUAAGUGUCCUUUUAAUAUUGGAUCUCUCUACCUAAAUGUUGAUUAAAUAAGUAUCUGACACGUAAAUAACAGCUGUAGCUACUAAACCUGACAUACCUUUUUGUUUUACUAGAUCCAAAUACUGGCUUUCUCUGUUGAAUAUCUUGUUUCAAGAAUAGGUUAAGUUUAAAAGCUUAAAUUACUAAUUAGUUAUAAAAGGCUUAACUGGAAGAAAGUGCCACCUGGAGCUGAUUGGCUGGAGAGAGGACGUCUCACUCUGAGAGAGACUUGUACGACCGGUCCAGACCUCACAGAAAUGAUCAAUCUAAAAAGAAUCUGUCUGCACAGCUGCUUCUCGCUUGAGGCCCAGUCUGUUACUGUUAUCAUGUGAAACUACAAUGACUUUUAAAUACCUGCGGGGCUUUGUAAAACUGAGCUGGGAAGAAUAUCUGUACAAACCUGUACAUGUAGAAAAAAUAAAACAUUUCCACACGA